UCUCUCCUGGGCCAAUGGCUCCAUGAUGAGUCCUCCAUAAUGACUAUGAGUGAAGACUUGUUGCACCUGAAAAUCACUGUCCUGCUGCCCUGGCUUGGGGUAUUGCUGUCCUUUUCUGGAAAAACCCAGGCUGAGCACUCCCCAGAAGUAGUGAUUCCCUUGAAGCUAACUGGUACCAGCAGAGGCAUGAAUGCUCCAGGGUGGCUUUCUUAUGGCUUGUACUUUGGAGGCCAAAGCCAUAUAGUGCACAUGAAGGUCAAGAAGUUUCUGCUAUCCAGACACAUGUCUGUGUUCACCUACACAGACCAGGGUGCACUUCUUGAGGACCAGCCUUUUAUCCAGAAGGACUGCUACUAUCAUGGUUAUGUGGAGGGGGACCUGGAUUCUCUGGUAGCCCUCAGUACCUGUUUUGGGGGCUUUCGAGGAAUGCUACAGAUAAAUGAUAAUUCUUAUGAAAUCAAGCCCAUAACGUUUUCUGCCACAUCUGAACAUCUAGUAUAUAAGAUGGACAAUGAUGAGACACAAUUCCCAUCCAUGAGAUUUGGCUUUAUGCAAGACGAAAUAGCACAUCAAUUGGAGUUUCAAGAUAUCUCUAAUUUAACUCUGAAGCAAAGUGCUUAUGAGGACUGGUGGACCCAUGUGUGGUUUGUUACAUAUACAGUGGUUGUGGACCAUACCCUAUACCUUCAUUACGAAAGGAAUACAUCAAAGUUGCAGGAGGAUUUAUACAAUGUUGUCAAUGUAGUAGAUUCCAUUUAUGAUGCAUUGGGUGUUAAUUUGUUAUUGUUUGGUAUUGAGAUCUGGACUGAAAAAAACUUUAUUGUAGUAAAUGAUGUAAAGAAUUCUCUUAGAGACUUUUGUCAAUGGACGGUCAAAAACCUUUCUCCCCGGCUACCAUAUAAUGUUGCACACCUCUAUAUGAAUCAGGCAUUAAGAGGAUUACCUGGUUUAUCAUUCCUCGGGGGAAUAUGUAAAAUGGGCUAUAAUUGUGGAGUUGUUUCCUUCCUUAAUUUAACUUUGAAAGACUUUGCAAGCUAUGUGGCCCAUGAACUUGGUCAUAGUAUGGGUAUGAAUCAUGACAAAGAUACGUGUACAUGUGGGCAAAAGUCAUGCUUAAUGAAUCCCCGAAAAAUUCCAUCAACCAGAUUUAGUAACUGUAGUUAUGCUUAUUGGUGGAAAACCAUUAUAGACAAUGGGAAAUGUAUGCGUGACAAUCCACAGACAGGAAACAUCCUUAUAAGGAAGCGUUGUGGGAAUGGUGUGGUUGAAGAAGGAGAGCAAUGUGACUGUGGAUCCUUCAAGUAUUGUGCAAAAGAUCCCUGUUGCCUAGCAAACUGCGUGCUGAGUCCUGGGGCUCGUUGUGCUUUUGGGCUUUGUUGUAAAGACUGUAAGUUUUUGCCAUCGGGGGAACUGUGUAGACAGCAGAUCAAUGAAUGUGAUCUUCCAGAAUGGUGCACUGGAACAUCCCAUCAGUGCCCUCAAGAUUUGUAUGUGCAGGAUGGGAGUCCAUGCUUGGAAGAGGGCUACUGCUAUGAAAAGAGAUGCAAUAACCGCAAUGAACAGUGUAAGGAAAUUUUUGGGAAAGGAGCAAAAAGUGCAAAUCAGAGAUGCUACAAAGAAAUGAACACCCAAGGUGAUCGGUUUGGUCAUUGUGGUAUAAAUCGUUCUGUAUAUGUGAAAUGUGCUACCUCUGAUAUACUGUGUGGGAGAAUUCAGUGCGAAAAUGUGACAGAAAUUCCUGCUCUGAGAGAGCAUUCUACUGUACACUUUCUUCACUUCAAUGGCAUCUCCUGCUGGGGUACUGACUAUCAUUUUGGGAUGACCAUACCUGAUAUUGGUGAAGUGAAAGAUGGUACAGAAUGUGGUCCAGGGAAUAUCUGCAUCCACAGAAAGUGUGUCCAAAUGUCUCUUUUGAAAAGUCAUUGUUCGGCUCAGACCUGCAACAUGAGGGGGGUCUGCAACAAUAAACAUCAGUGCCACUGUAAAUACGGAUGGGCCCCACCAAACUGUCUGAGUAAAGGUGCCGGAGGUAGCAUUGACAGCGGCGUACCCCCUCAGAAAACUGACAAAAGGUUUUACCUGUUACCUUUGUUGUUUAUUUUGUUGUUUCUUUUACUUUUUUGUUGUAUCUUCUUUUGCUGUAAGAAGUCUAAAAAAGAAAAGAAAAAGCCUCUGACUCAACCUCAGCUAACAGAACAAAUGUCUCAGACUCAACCUCAGCAACGUGCACAAAAAGUUGAGACUCAACCUCAGCAAGGAGAACAAAAAGUUGAGGCUCCACCUCAGCAAGGAGAACAAAGAGUUCAAACUCAAUUUCAGCAAAGAGGACAAAGAGUUCAGACGCAGUCUCAGAGGGGAAGACAAAGAGUUCAGACUCAGUCUGUGAAAUCGGAGCAGUCAGUGCGAAUUCCAGGAAUUAAACCCAAACCCUAAGAAAGAAAAAUUCUCUUGUGUUAAGAUUUAGCCUCCUGCAGUAGAAAUGUCAGUGCAUGUCUUCAGGAAACCAUUGGGAGAAAAGCUCACAGAUCUAUUCUCUGUCAGAAUCAAAAGUAUUUG